AUGUCUUUAGCCGACGAACUUUUAGCCGAUUUAGAGGGUGAAGAUGAUGCUGAUUUUUAUACCGAAACAAAUGGCCACAUUGAAAAACAUUUGGAUGCCCAAAGAAAUUUGGAAAUCCCUAUGGAUGAAGAUAUUAAAAUUACCUCUAUUAGGCAAUUGGCCAGUUUGAGAGAUUCCGAUCAUUUGCAAAAAAUUAUGGAAGAAAUUGAUAAUUAUAGUAAAAAAAUAAGAAGGCCGUCAGAUAUAAUAGGACCAGUAGAAUCAGAUCCUGAAUAUCAACUUAUUGUAGAAGCUAAUAAUUUGGCUUCACUGGUGGUAGGGCCUCUUGAAUAUGUCAGAACAGUCAAAGAAUUAGGAAAUGACUUAGAAAAAGCCAAAAAUAAUGAAGUGCUGCAACAAUUUUUAACUCAAGCAACUAUAAUGGUUGUUUCUGUUACUGCAUCAACUACUCAAGGCACCCAAUUAACAGAACCAGAGAGAGAAGAAAUAGUUGAAGCAUGUGACAUGGCAAUCGAGUUAAAUAAUUUUAAACAAAGAAUUUAUGAAUAUGUUGAAAGUAGAAUGGCAUUCAUUGCUCCAAAUGUUUCAAUGAUUGUUGGAGCUUCAUGUGCUGCUAAAAUUAUGGGAGUUGCUGGAGGACUUACCAAACUUUCUAAAAUGCCAGCUUGCAAUGUUCUCCUUUUGGGGUCACAGAAAAAAAUGCUGUCUGGUUUUUCUCAAGCUGCUUCUUUACCUCACACAGGCUUUAUUUAUCAUUCAGACAUUGUUCAAGACACUCCUCCAGAUUUUAGAAGGAAGGCAGCCAGAUUGGUAGGAUCUAAAUGUAUUUUAGCUGCAAGAGUGGAUGCUUGUCAUGAAAGUACAGAUGGCAGUGUUGGUCAAAUGUUUCGUGAAAGCAUUGAAAAAAAAUUGGAUAAAUUAACAGAACCGCCUCCAGUAAAAUUUGCCAAACCAUUACCUAAACCUGUAGAUCAACCCAAGAAAAAAAGAGGGGGUAAACAUGUUAGAAAAAUGAAAGAAAGAUAUGCUAUGACUGAAUUAAGAAAACAAGCCAACAGAAUGAAUUUUGCCGAUAUCGAGGAUGAUGCUUACCAAGAAGAUUUAGGUUACACUAGAGGAACCAUAGGAAAAACCGGUACCGGAAGAAUCAGGCUCCCGCAAAUUGAUGAAAAAACUAAAGUGAGAAUAUCGAAAACAUUACAAAAAAAUUUACAAAAACAACAACAGUGGGGAGGAAGUACAAGCGUCAAAAAACAAGUUUCUGGAACUGCUUCAAGUGUUGCAUUUACACCACUUCAAGGUCUUGAGAUUGUUAAUCCGCAUGCAGCUGAAAAAAUAGUCAAUGAAGCAAAUGCUAAAUAUUUUUCAAACACAUCUAGUUUUAUAAAAGUACAAAGAAAAUAA